CAGUCACCUUUCAGGAAAAGGAUUAUGAUAUUGAAGCUAUUAAGUUAUUGGAGGAAAAAAAUUGAAAAUGAUUAGCUUGAUGGAAGAGAUGUACGUGGGUAGUCCCCAGUAGGAGAGGUGGUGCUGCAGCAGCAGUGAAUCGUUUCAGGAAGAGCUUAGGUCAGAGUCUACACUUCAGCAUCCACCCAAUCACAAGCCUUAAAUCUGUAGCAGAUCAGGAUUCGUGUAUUGUUGUUACUUGUGGAACUUUGUUUUACAGCGACAGGGGAUUGGCGAACCCAGUGUGUACCAUGCAGUGGUGGUUAUUUUCCUGGAGUUUUUUGCCUGGGGGCUGUUGACCACUCCUAUGUUAACGGUGUUACACCAGACUUUUCCUCAGCAUACGUUCUUGAUGAAUGGCCUGAUUCAUGGAGUCAAGGGCCUGCUUUCUUUUCUAAGUGCCCCACUGAUUGGUGCUCUCUCUGACGUCUGGGGCAGGAAAUCCUUCCUCCUCCUCACUGUGUUCUUCACGUGUGCGCCAAUUCCCCUUAUGAAGAUCAGUCCGUGGUGGUAUUUUGCUGUCAUUUCCAUGUCUGGAGUCUUUGCUGUCACCUUUUCUGUGAUUUUUGCCUACGUUGCUGAUAUCACACAGGAGCAUGAACGCAGCACAGCAUAUGGCUUGGUGUCAGCCACAUUUGCUGCUAGUCUGGUCACAAGUCCAGCAAUUGGUGCAUACCUUUCCCAAGCCUAUGGCGAUACACUGGUGGUUGUGCUAGCUUCAGGUGUUGCUUUACUGGAUAUUGGUUUCAUCUUGCUGGCUGUGCCAGAAUCUCUGCCAGAAGAAAUGCGCCCAGUCUCCUGGGGAGCUCCUAUCUCUUGGGAGCAAGCAGACCCGUUUGCUUCCCUGCGGAAAGUGGGUCAGGAUUCUACGGUGCUGCUCAUCUGCAUCACCGUCUUUCUCUCCUACCUUCCUGAAGCUGGCCAGUACUCCAGCUUCUUCCUGUAUCUGCGACAGGUCAUUGGUUUUUCCUCAGAGACUGUAGCAGCCUUUAUUGGUGUAGUUGGAAUUCUCUCUAUACUCGCCCAGACAGUAGUGUUGGGAAUUCUCAUGCGUUCAAUAGGAAACAAAAACACCAUCUUAUUGGGAUUAGGCUUCCAGAUCCUGCAGCUUGCCUGGUAUGGCUUCGGAUCACAGCCUUGGAUGAUGUGGGCAGCAGGAGCUGUGGCUGCUAUGUCUAGCAUCACGUUCCCAGCCAUUAGUGCCAUGGUAUCUAGAAACGCUGACCCUGACCAACAGGGUGUAGUUCAGGGGAUGAUCACUGGAAUUCGGGGUCUGUGUAAUGGACUGGGGCCAGCUCUCUAUGGCUUUGUCUUCUAUCUCUUUCAUGUCGAGUUAAAUGAAAUGGCUGAGGUGGAAACUUUAGGUAAAGCCCCAAAACCCAACAUGGCCAACCCUACAGAUGAGAGCAGCAUUAUCCCAGGGCCUCCUUUCCUGUUUGGGGCAUGUUCUGUCCUGCUGUCGCUCCUAGUGGCCUUGUUCAUUCCAGAACACAACCUUGCACUGAGAUCAGGCAGCCACAAGAAACAUAGUAAUGGAGCCCAGACCCACAGCCCACAGGCUGGAGGAUUGGAUGGCAAGGAACCCCUGCUCGAGGACAGUAGUGUAUGAGGUUGGGAGAGAAGAGCCUGGCUUGUGUCUCAACUCCAGAUCAAGAAAGGACUUAGCCAGUUGGAGUUUGGGGAGAGAGAGGGUGGGGGGAGAGAAGAAACGAGGUAAUGGACUGUACUAUCAACAGCUAAUGAGAAGGGAAACAGUUUCCCUUCAAGCCAAAUAUAUCCAGCUGGUGCAAAAAUGGAAUUGUAUCAUCUGGUGCUGAUGGAAAGGGGAGAUACUGAACUGCACUACCUGAAGGAAUAGUUCUUUAAAGCAAACCUGCUCUCGUAUGUGGAUACUGAACUUCAUGAUGUGACCUGCCAAAUACUCAACUUGCCAGUGAAAAAUUAAGGAACUAGCUUUGUCUUUGUUAUAAUGUGAACUAACUGAUCUGCCAGCAAGAAUAAAGCAAGGCAUCUGUUACAUGCCCUCCAUCCCCUUAUAGAAUUGGUACUCGCUACUGAUCCCAUCACAGCUCCAUUGGCAAACCUUCUCAGGCCUGGGAGGGUGGUGAAAGAUGUGUUAUGCAGUAUACGCAACUUGUACUGCGAUAAUACACUAUGAAGAAAGUGGCACAUGUAUGAAGAAUAAAUAAUAUAGUCAACAACUUUGAGUAGAUCCUCACUGCUUGAGGAGCUGAUGAAUUUGUCCAUUCCAGCCCAAGUGAAACUCGAACAAAAAAUAAAAAGACUUUACUGUUGUGAUGAAGGUAACAAAAGUUAAGAAGUAAAGUUGCAACUGAGACUGUCCUUAGUUCACAAGGGAGAAUGGACAGAUGGUGGAAAGGCAAUUAUAUGAAUUACAAAUGUUUAGAUGGUUGACAACACUUGUAUUUCUGGUUGGGCUUGGUUUUUUUCUUUUUUGUUGAAUAGUUACGCUAAUGUAACACUUGUCUGCAGUUACCUCUAGAGGGGAAUUGGAAGGUUUUGGGUGGGGGGGGUGGUCUCUUUCUGGAACUGGAAAGGUUAUUUAGAAAAUAUAGUUCCUUGAGAGGUUGGAGAAACAACUAAACUCUGCUAAGCACUUUGAUAAAGCAUAGUUUCCUGAGAACAGUCAGAGAAAUAGCUGUUUAUCUUGAGCGCUUUUAUAAAGCUUGCUGAUUUCCCCCCCCCCCCGCUUCUCCUCCCCAAAUGCUGCCAUCUGAUGUUAAAACCAGGUAAUAACUGUAGCUUGUUUUGCUCGGUCCAAAAGAUCAUGAUGAUGUUUACAAUUGACUUGAACUUACAGGUUUGGAUUCCAUGUAGCAUUUCUGAGCCUGCUAUGAACGCUUUCAUUUUGUUGAAAAAUGAAAUUGCAGCCUCAGCUGCAGGGUUCAGCUCAGUUUAGAAAGAUGCUUGAACUUGAGUGUGUGGAAAAAGCUAAGAGAAAUAUAUACGAAAGCUUCAUUUUUUUGUCGAUAUAUAGAGGUAUUGUGAAGUGGACAGGAAACAAUUUUUCUCAUUUGGGUGAGAUCAGAAGUAAUGUGAUUGAGCAAUCUCUGGGGAAGUAAAACCAAAUUAGGAACACUUAAGAAAUUAAUUGCUAAGGGAAUUGAGGAUACAAUUGCCAAAAAUAGUCCUGCCUCAGAGUGGAGUAUGUGUAACAGCUGUAUUGUUCUCUGACUGGGAUCAUUUAUCUGUAGAUUUGUGACAAGUAACUUAGGGGAGAAAGGCCAAAGGGAGUACUGUCACUUGAUGUCUUGGUUGUUUGUGAAUAGGAAAUCACGGCUGAUGUUGUGCGUAUGCAGCAGUGUUCACAGAUGCCAUUUGCUUCUGGAUUUAAUGAAAAAUACCAACUGGACAGCCCCGAAGAUCCCAGUGCCCUGACUCGCAACAGCCCAAGUAUAGGGACCAGCACAGCAAAAUCCCUGCUCUGCUCUGACUGUGCAGCUCGGCCCUCUCCUGGAGCGUCCGCUUCACGAGAGCAAAGGGAUGUGGUCUCCAGGGUACACUCAGCUUCUGACCUCUUCCCUGAGCUCCUCUUCCCUCUGCUUGUCAGAGCAGAGACUGGUUAAUGUUCACUUUGGAUGGAUCUGCAUUUUCAUGUAAGUCACUUAAAAGCCCGUCAGAUAUUAACAAGCUUGGAAUCACUGCUUGCCUAGGCUGGGCUGAACUAAUAACGUAAUGUCCGUUUACCAGUUUUCUGAAACAAUUAGUUAUUGGAGGUGGCCAUUUAAAUGAAAUGAUUCAGAGUUUGUUUAGUGUUAAUCUUGCCUGGUACCUAGAUCCUGUAAUCAGAACUGAAAGAGUAGACUCUUGUCUGUGCGGAGGGCAGUUACCGAGGGCAGUAUGAGGAUGUGAGGCUUUGCUUAUAUGGAUCUAACUGCAGGACUGGAGAACAGAGCUAGCAAAAAGUUCUACUCACCUAUGGUGACUCCAGUUUUCUCAUGCUUAUGGUGGCGAUGCCCCGAAUUUUCAACUGUUACUGGGAUAGUCUGUACUGCGUAUGCACAGCAGACUUCUUUCCUGAAGGAAAACCACUUGUUUAAACUUCUACACAACCACCCCAACUCUGUACUGCUCACAGAAAUGACUUUUUAAAACUGAAGUUUAACAAGCAAAUCUGCCAAUUCAUUUAUUUACACUAUGUAUGAAAAUCAACUUGAGUACUUUGUCCCUCACACAAAAAUGAAGUGAAACAAAACACUGAAUAGUUACCUCAUUCACACUGAGGCACUCAGAACUUCACGGGUAAAAUAGAACGUUACAAGAAAGACAAACAUAAUUUAUAUAAUAUAAAUUAUAUAUAUAUAUAUAUUUUUAAGAGUCCUUUCCUUUAUUUAAUAGUUUAUUGAAACCAAUGUGUUUCUAAUGCAUUUCCCUUUUGCCACUGCUGCUGCCUGAGGCUUCUCAGCCUUUUGUUCCUCGGACCAUGGAGCUAACCAGGCGAGCUUCGCUUCUCGGUCCUUUUCUGUCAUGAUGUGAUACCCCAGUUUCCAGUAACACUUGAAUUCCUCAGGUUUGUUACUAGUUAACCUAAGUGUUUUAGAGCAGUUAAAAAGUCCUUGAACUUGGAGCCAGAAGAUGUAAGCAAUUUUGCUGUGUCUUGGCUGCGGUCUGGCCGUUCGUGCCAGGCUCCAGCUCUGAAGAAGCUGGUUUCUUCAGCUGCCUGGUCUGCCUUUGUAUGUCUUUACGAUAUCGCUAUCCAGGUUAAGAGAGUACAAUUUUAUGUAGUUAUACCAGUAAAAGUUACACUGUGGAUGCAGUUAUCGGUGUAAAGGUGGCACGCUUGCAUAGCUAUCCUUAGCUGUGCUGGUGUGGGUGGCCUUUCACUGAUACGGCAGUUCCUGCUGGAGCAGCUGUGCUGCUUCAAGUCCGGACGGUCCGUGGCAGGUCUCGGGCCUGGGUAGCGCCUGCAGUGUAAUGAUUUACUCUGGAAACUUGAGUGCCGCGUGGUGACAGGACGGCUUGCAUUCCCCCGAAAUUCCACUUGUUACUAGCAGCGGAAACGGACAGCAGUUUGUUUCCGCACUUUUGGAAUUUUUUACCUUAUUCGGUAGGGGAGGGCAUCUUAACCAAACGUUAAUGUAGGGACGCGACCCACCAUUCUGCCUUUUAAGUGAAAGAGAAGGACUUGGGCCAAGCUGUGGAGGAGCUGAAAUUACUGGACCUGAAUGAAGAAUGUUACUGUUCUGAAGGGCUGGUAAUUUUUGCAGCAUUCCCUGUGGAGACUGGAAAAUCUGUACAGAGCAUUCAGCUAGUUUUGACAAUUUUUGUUACUUUAUAACAAAAAGUGACUUUUUUUUUUAAAGAGCCUUUUCUUAAAAUCCCCUUGAUCUGCUGAGUAAUGACUGAUACUGGCUGUGUAACAUCAGUGUUCCCAUAAUUUGUCUGCAGUGGGUUGUAGUUCAGGUCAGUAACAGCAACACCCCAAACAUAAGGCAAAAAUUGGCUUAAUUGCCCUUCUGCAGCUCCAGUAUUAAUUGCAGCAGUUCAAGAAAGUUUAAAAACUGAUCUCUUUGCAUUAAAAAGAACAAUGCAUUAAAACAUUACUUUCUCUUUUGCCGUUACUUUUGCAAAAUAGUAACUUUUUACUUCACUGGGUUUUAUUCUUUUCUCUGCGCUUGGAUGGCUGUGAGCAUCUUUGGUUAUCUUCAAAAAAGCGCGGGCAUGUGGCAAGCCCACGUUCAUUGAAGAACGGCAGUACCUCUGCUCUUUCAGUUAAAGUUUGUUAUUGCGUGUGUUUCUGGGUUUUGUUUGUUUCUUAAGCUAAUGAUGGAAUGUAUUUAUUUUACUUCAAAUUGUGUUUAGAACCGGCUAAUCUCUCCCUCUGAUGGAUUAUUUAUUAAACUGCUACUUUCCUGUUGUUGUGAA